AUGGGUACCUAUUCAAAAGCGCUGUUAGCUUUUGAGAAAGCUCUUGUCAUUGGACAACAGUUAUUUCCGUCUGACCCUAUUCUUUUGAGUUCGUGUUACGGCAACAUUGGCGCCGUGUAUGAGCACAUGGCUGGUAGUUCAAAAGCACUCUCAGCGUAUGAAAGGUGUCUGAUGAUUCAACAGCAAUCACUUCCCUCGAAUCAUCCUUGUUUGGGAACUUCCUAUAAUCACAUCGGCUCGGUGUAUCGUAGUAUGGGUGACUAUCGAAAAGUACUUUCAGCGUACGAAAAAGGUCUUGUAAUUGUCAGUCAGACACUUCCUCCUACCCACCCUAGUUUGGCUGAAUUCUACAAUAAUACUGGUACUGUGUAUUACGACAUGAGCAAUUAUGAGAAAGCACUCUCCUUCUAUGAAAAAGCGCUUGAAAUUCAACAACAAUCGCUUCCAGACACUCAUCCCACUUUAGCUUCAUUGUACAAUAACAUCGGUGUUUUGUAUGGACACAUGUGGAAUUAUCAAAAAGCACUCUUCGCUUUUGAGAAAUCUCUUGCUAUCUGGCAAAGAUUACUUCCUUAUAAUCAUCCUCGAUUGGCUACACAUUACAACAAAAUUGACGUCAUAUACCGCCACAAAAACGAGCAUGCAAAGUCACUCUUGGCUUAUAAAAGGGCUCUUACGAUCGUGCAACAAUCAUCCUAUUCAAAUCCUCAGGAUUUAGCUUUAUCAUUCAUGAAUAUUGGCCAUCUAUAUCAUGAUAUGGGCGACUAUCCAAAAGCACUUUCGUACUAUGAAAAAGGCCUUGCAAUUCGACAACAAUCACUUCCUAACACUCAUCCCAGUUUGGCUUUGUCGUACAAAAGUAUCGCUAUGUGGUAUGAAAAAAUGAAUAAUUAUCUGGAAGCCUAUCUAUUCUACGAGCAAGCUGCGGAAAUUGCUCAACAAUCGCUACCCUUGUGCCAUCCCGAUAUCCAAAUUUACAAAUAG